UCAGGACAUCUUUGAGAGUUGGACACACUUUAGAGUUGUUCCAUAACUGCGUAACUCGGGUUAACUGCAAAAUAAAUGAUAUGCAUCUGUUAUUAUGUAAGAUAUUUGGCGAUUAAACAUAAAUAGGAAAAAUAUUCCGCGUAAUAUGGGAUUAUAAAAAAAAUACAUCAAAUUUGUAAUGGCCAGAGUGUUAACGGAAUUGGUUUGUUCCAUUUCCGGUUCUUCCGACAACAACUCAGUGCACAUGUAAAUCAAUUCAUGGCGUCUUCUCGCUUAUUUAAAGCUAGAUAAAAUUCAUUUUGAGGAGUGAAGUGUAUCUGUGAAAGCUGUUAUGGGUAAGAAGAAGGCUGGAGGACUUGGGAGAGCUCUAAUGAAGGAGAAAUUUCAGACAAGCCGAGGCCACAAGAGGGGCGACUCAUGGUUGCACACCAGUGAGCUGAAUGAUGGGUAUGACUGGGGACGGUUAAAUCUUCAGUCAGUGACUGAACAGAGUUCCAUGGAUGACUUUUUGGCUACUGCGGAACUAGCAGGAACAGAGUUUGUAGCAGAGAAGCUCAACAUCAAGUUUGUACCAGCAGAAGCUAGAGCAGGUUUAUUGACACCUGAGGAGAAAAAACGACUGAAGAACCUUCAUGAAGACAACAAGCAUUUUCUCAAAAUCCCUCGACGCCCUCAUUGGGAUGAAAGUACCAGUCCAGAGGCCCUGCAGCUGGCAGAAAAGGACAGCUUCCUUGUGUGGAGGAGAGAGCUUGCAAAGCUCGAAGAGGAACAGAAGUUGUGUCUUACUCCAUUUGAGAGGAAUUUAGAGUUCUGGAGGCAGCUGUGGAGAGUCAUUGAGAGGAGUGACGUUGUUGUUCAGAUUGUGGAUGCCAGAAAUCCGUCAUUGUUCAGAUGUCCUGACCUAGAGCUUUAUGUAAAAGAGGUGUCAGAAAAUAAGGUGAACAUGCUGCUGGUGAAUAAGGCAGACCUGCUAACCAGGAAGCAGAGGCAAGCCUGGGCCUCACACUUCGAGAAAGAAGGCCUGAGAGCAGUUUUCUGGUCCGCCCAUGCUGAAAGUGACAGGUUGGAUGCAGAGGAAAAGGGCAUGGAGGUGGUGCAACGAGAAUCUGGAGAGAGUGACCAGGAAGUUGGAGCACAGCCAGACAAUGAAAACCUGAACUUGAGGGGGGUGGAUUACAAGGAUGUGGAAGGAGAGGAGAGAGAUAACAGGGAGGAGCUGUGGGAAAAGAUAACUGUUGAGGAGGAGGAGGAAAAGGAGUGGGUAACCGCUUCUGAAGAUGAGGGGCAGGAAGAGGAGGAUAUUGUUGGGAAAUCGAGUCAGGCCCCCUUCCGUAAUUCUCCUCGCCUGUUGCACAAAGAGGAGUUGUUAGAGAUGUUCAAGAUGGUUCACAAUAGGCCCAGAUAUAAAGAAGGACAACUGACAGUCGGGCUGGUUGGUUAUCCUAAUGUGGGGAAGAGUUCAACUAUCAACACCAUUUUCAGGAACAAAAAAGUGUCAGUCUCUGCAACUCCUGGACACACAAAGCACUUUCAGACUUUAUUUGUGGAGCCGGGGCUGUGCCUGUGCGACUGCCCCGGUUUGGUUAUGCCCUCCUUUGUCUCCACCAAGGCAGAUAUGAUCUGCUCCGGGAUUCUCCCAAUUGACCAGAUGAGAGACCACGUACCUGCAGUCUCUCUCGUCUGCCAAACAAUCCCUCGGCAUGUCCUGGAGGGCACGUAUGGCAUCAACAUCAUCAGGCCACGAGAGGAUGAAGACCCCGACAGACACCCCACUUCAGAGGAACUGCUUAUGGCAUAUGGAUAUAUGAGGGGCUUUAUGACGUCGCAUGGCCAGCCUGAUCAGCCCAGAUCUGCUCGCUACAUCCUGAAGGAUUACGUCAAUGGAAAACUUCUGUACUGCCAUCCUCCUCCUCACGUAGAGGCUGAGGACUUCCAGCCACAGCACAGCAAAUUCCAAAGAAAUGAUGUGGAUAACUGUAACCUCACUUCGACAAGUAACAGAGGAAAAGUCAAGAGAAUUGAAAAUACAGUGGACAAGAACUUCUUUCAUGCGGAGAACGUACGCGCGCUCUCCAAAGGAGUCCAGGGUAUCAUGGGCUACAAACCAGGCAGCGGAAUCGUGGCUCUUGGAAAUGCCGGAAGGGAGUCCACAGAGGGAAAACCCUGGAAAAAACACGGCAACAGGAACAAGAAGGAGAAAGUGCGUCGGCUUAAUAAGCAUCUUGAUGCCUGAUCAUUAAAACAGGAAGCACUAAUGUCAGAUAGAAAUUAGUGCGAAUGGGAUGGAAAAACACUCAAACUGUGCUAUUAAUGCUUUGGGGAACUGGAUCUCUAUGUUGUUGAAGGCUUCAUAAUCCUAAAGAUCCCUUGAUGUUAACUAAUGGCAAAUGUCAUCUAUGAUGGACUGUUAUAGUGCCAUGAAAAAGUAUUUGCCCCUUCCUUGUUUCUGUUUUUUUUUCUUUUCAUAUCUAUCACACACAAAUCUUUCAAAUCAUCAAACCAAUUUUAAUAUCACUCAAAGACAAUCCAAGGAAAUACUAAAUGCAGUUUUCAAAUGACAAAUUUAUGAAGGCACAAAAAAAAAAACUAUUCUGAUCCUCUGUGAAAAAGUAAAUGCCUCCUGAACCUAAUAACGGGUUGUGUUUCAGGAAUUUCUUGGGAUCUCCUGUGACUGGCUGGCGACCAGUUCGGGGUGUAGUCUGCCUUUGCCUGAAGUUAGCUGGGAUAGGCUCCAGCUCUUUCGCAGGAUAAAUGCAGAGGGGUUGCGUCAGGAAAGGCAUCCGGCGUAAAAAACUGCCAAACUAAUAUGAGCGUUCAUCUGAGAUGACAAGCUGUGACGACCCCUAACGGGAUAAGACGAAAGAAAUGCAUACAUACAUACAUUUGGAGGUAAUCAGGGUUGGGUGUGAUCUAUGAAAAUUAACCAGAAAUUAUGAUUGGCCACAAUUUAUUAAUUUACAAGGGGGUUAAUACUUUUUCACUGCACCGUAAGUGGUAAAACGUACAUACACAUUCUGAUUGAGUCCCUUUUCAGGCUAAACACAGGAGACACUAAGCCAGUGCUCCAUGUACUGUAUACAGUAAAUACAUUUUUAAGAAGCAUUUUACAUACUAUUUAUUGUAUUGAACCUUUUUUUUUUAAAUCUUUGUAGAAAUUCCAAUAUAUUAAAAUACAAACCUUGACAAAAAUUGGUAUAAAAAUGAGAUGUUUUUUUAGUAAAGUAGAAAAGCAAAACUAACAAGCACAACCAAAAAAUGGACAAAGUUUGUAAGGAAGGUACUUUUCAUUCAAAGUCCAUUCGUGAUUAAUCAAAUUAUUGUAGUAUGAAUAUUUUUUUUUUUUUACAAGAAAUAUUUGUGGAUUUGGAGAUUCUCAUUUUGUGUGAAUAAAAUUUGCCAAUUAGUA